AUGCGAAAAGAUCCUUUCUUUAAGGGUUCUGCUGAUUUGAGAGCUCCUUCUCCAGAAGUUGCAAAGGUGAAGGUAGUCCACCACCAGGAUUUAAACAAGAAAAUCCUUAUUGCACUUGUUGUUGCUUCAUCUCUUCUUGGUGGAACUCUGCUGCUGUUAUCUUGUUUUUCACUCUAUAGAAUGAAAAAGUCGAAGGAAUGCAAUGCAAAAAGCAACCAGAGUUCAGAUGCUGGAAGGGGAAUCUCGUUGGUUCCGAUUUUGGAUAAAUUAACUUCUAGGAAAAUUGGUGGCAAGAAAGGUUCAGUUACUGUUAUUGAGUACCAGUUGCUAGCGGCUGCGACGAACAAUUUCAAUGAAGGGAAUGUUGUGGGCGAAGGUGGAUUGGGGCGUGUAUAUAAGGCUUAUUUCAAUGACCAUCUCCGUGCCGCAGUUAAAAAAAUAUAUGCUGCAGGGCAGGAAGCUGAAAGAGAAUACGAGAAUGAGGUCCAUUUAUUGAGUAGAAUUCAGCAUCAAAAUAUAGUUUCUCUUUUAGGAUAUUGUAUUCAUGGCGAAGCGCGGUUCUUGGUUUAUGAACUGAUGGAGAAUGGAUCUCUGGAAUCUCACUUGCAUGGACCUUCUUGUAGAUCAGCAUUGACUUGGCAUCAGAGAAUGAAAAUUGCUCUGGAUGUUGCAAGAGGAUUAGAGUACCUACACGAGCAUUGCAACCCUCCUGUGAUUCAUAGAGAUCUGAAACCAUCUAAUAUUCUUCUUGAUCCCAACUUCAAUGCCAAGAUUUCUGAUUUUGGCCUUGCAAUUGCUGGAGGGAACUCGAACAAGACAAACAUCAAACUUACAGGAACUUUGGGCUAUGUGGCUCCAGAAUACUUGUUGGAUGGUAAGCUUACUGAUAAGAGUGACGUCUAUGCAUUUGGUGUUGUUCUUCUGGAGCUUCUGAUGGGAAGACGGCCCGUUGAGAGAGUAGAUGAAACACAAUGCCAAUCCAUAGUUACCUGGGCGUCACCUCAGCUCACUGACAGAUCAAAGCUUCCAAAUAUAGUCGAUCCGGCCAUCAAAAACACUAUGGAUUUGAAGCAUUUGUAUCAAGUGGCUGCUAUAGCUGUGCUAUGUGUACAACCAGAGGCGAGUUACAGACCACUCAUAACGGAUGUUCUCCACUCCUUCAUCCCCCUUGUGCCUGCUGAGCUUGGAGGAUCACUACGGGUGACAGAUUCUUCUUUCUCAACCUGUUCAUAGCGUGCAAUUUUUUAUGAUAUUUGAACUGCACCUGAGGUGCAAUCGUUGGACAAUUAACAUAAGUAAUCAAAAAGCUUGUUUUCACAAACCCCUUCUCCUGGGAAACCUGAUUAAGGAUUGAAACUGGAAGAAGUGUUGCUUUUGCUCAUACACGUAAAGUUGACAGUUUUUUGUUCGACCAUGUUUUUUAAAUUGCAUAUUUUUGUCUUGGACUGAAUAUGUUCUUCCUAAAUCUUUUGUAACUCCUCUUUUAUGUAUAUAUACAGACAAGAGCGCAUUUUUUGGAGGAAUUAAGUACCUUUUGAGUGAUCUAAGUUUUCUUUAUUCUUCAUGAAGUUGUCGUUUACAGGCACUGACCAUCACUAAGAAAUUUGGGAAUUUCUGAUAGAUUUAAGUGCUGCUGAGCCUAUGGGACAAAGUCACCCUUGUUGAUUUGUUUUACUUCAGUAAACAACAAUCAUGUCUUUGUCCAAUUUUCCCAAUUUGAGAUAUUCGCAUUCCAAAUAUUUACCAUUGUUUCAACCUUUCCUUAGUUGGUGUUAAAACUGAUUUGCAACCUCUCCCAUGAAUGCCUUGUUUUUUUUUUCUCACUUCCAUGUGAAUGAUUGUUAAGGUUUUCGUCCAAAUGAAAUGGUCUGAUAUGAUCUCCUUCAGUUUCACCGUUCAUCUUAUAUUUCACAUUAAAAAUGAACAUCGAUUGAGUGAAACAUUAAUCAUGUGCACAUGAUGUACAUUUAUAAGAUGAAAUACAAGAUGAAACACAAGAAACUAGAACAGAUGGUCCAAGGAUCUCAUAUACGCGCAAGAAGCAUCUGGGCUUUUAAGACUUGAUAAGGAUCGGUGAUGACUGGCGUGCCCUGCAAAGUGCAGACAGGUACGAAGAAAUCAUGCACUGUUAAAUCUACGAUGAGCUAGUGCCAUCAAGCAGUCUGUUGGGCCGUCAAGGACCACAUGGGAUCAUCAGAAAAGUUUCAUGAAACAUGCUGUGGUCCAGGAGAGCAACUAGACCUAGUAGAGAGUCACUAGGAUGGUGAAUAGAGUGACUUCUUGAGAGUGAAAUUAUCCCAUAAGUUAGGAUUUUCAGUGUCGCAAAAGUUGUCCUAACAAGAGAGGAAGCUGUCUGUAUCUGAGCUGAGGCCAAAUAUCAUAUUAACAUCGUUUUCACGGCAUUACCGAAGUUCGUAAACAAGCCAUGAACAAGAAUAUAAAGCAUAUUUCCUAAGUUCUUCAUCAGGAGCGACAAUGAUUUCUCCGCCCUAUAAAAUCACACAGCGUUCCCCACAGAUCAAGAUUUCUUAAACCUCCAAAAACCCACCCCCCCCCAAAAAAAAAAAAACACCCUGUAAACAAGAAAAAGGGGGUGAUGAACUCCAUUUCUAGCUGGCUUUGUACUAAUAGCAGCAAAAAUCUGUUUGUGAAGAUAGU